UUUGAGGGAGAGCUGGCGGAAGAAUGUGUAGUGGAGAGCUUUCGGAUAAUUUCGGAUCUUGUGCUCCCACGCUGAUUGAUUGGGUUUGAUCUGCUCAACACCUGUUCGAACGAACGUUGGACAAGUUACAACUGUAAACCACCGGACUAUGGACAAGUUGGCACAUCGCAGCUUCGGAAGAGUCAUUAGUCGAAACUUACUUCGGCGAAGUGAUCAGAAGAACCACCGUCAGAACAGAGGGCUUGGAGCAUGUUUUCUGAAGCCAGGUCAAGCUACUGCCCCGGUCAAUUCAUCCAGCUGCAACCAGAGGCAAGCAAUGAUGCUGUCGUGGGGGACAGGGCCGCCAUCGAUGUGCCAACUGCCAACCUACUCUACCGACGCUGGGACAGAUGCCGCUUUGCUGGAGAAGUUGUGCGUUGAUUUUGCGGAGGUCAGGGACUUGCUGAAGAAAGGCACGGCCUUUUUUGUGGACGUCAGGGAGCCAAAUGAACUUGUCAACGAUGGCCGCAUCAAUGGUGCCGUCAACAUUCCUCUGAAUGACGUGGGUACGGCACUGAGUCUUCCGGCGGAAAAGUUCAAGGAAAGGUACGGCCGGGAAAAGCCUUCUCAAGACGACCCCAACCUAAUCUUCUCCUGUCGUAAGGGUGUCCGCGCAACCAAUGCAAUGCAGACGGCACACUCCAAGGGAUACCACAAGGCCCGCUUCUAUAGAGGCAGCUUCUGUGACUGGGUCGAGAAGGGAGGAGAGGUGCUCAAGAAGUGACCAAUCCGCUUCUGGUGCCGUUGCAAUCUGUAGUCUUAAAAUUCACCAAUAGGGACACCCUCCAUGCUGUUAUCAAAGCGUUUCUGCGGCUCACUUUUACCAGUCAUGUUUUAGUCCACCGUAGGUUGUAUUGGGCAGAAUAAAGGUUUUUGUUUGCUGAA